CAGCAGCACAUUAUGCAAAAGGGCAGCUCCAGCAGAUGGGAGAGAGGCACAGCAAGCAUUUGCCUCACUUGCAUCACCGCCGCCUGCAAACAAACCUGGCUCGCUAGAGGGGAUCUCGCCAGCAGGCCAAAGGAAUGAAACCCGCGAGCAUGGCUUGAUUGCCAGAGGUGUUGCACUGCGAAAAAUCAUGGGGAAUCAAGAUGGGAAGCUAAAGAAAAAUGCAGGUGAUGUGCAAGAAGGAGGAGAGGAUGCCUCUGGGCCCAAGGAUACGGACGGCACAAAGAAGGUAUCGGGAGGCAGAAGGGGACUGGGGAAGCAUGCAAAGGGAAGCGAAUCGGGGAAGAAGAAGGGUAAGUCGGACUCCAGACCCUCUGUGUUUUCGAAUCUGAGGAUUAGAAAAAAUCUGUCCAAGGCUAAAGAUGGGAAUAGCAGCUCACGGGAGGAUGUUUUGGAAAGCCAGGCCCUGCAGCCUGGGGAGCUGGACAGUACUCAUUCAAUUGUAACCAAAACUCCCGAUAUAAGCAUCUCUGCAGAUGAAGGGGGUCUCUCAGACACAGAUGUUGAACAUUUUGAAAUCAGAAAUGAAACUGUUCCAGCUGCUGCAGAGACACAGGAUGGACAAAGGACCAGCUCUGGCUCUGAUACGGAUAUAUACAGUUUCCAUUCAGCCGCAGAACAAGAGGAUUUGCUUUCUGAUAUCCAGCAAGCUAUUAGACUGCAGCAGCAGCAGCAGCAGGGGGCAAUUAACAUUGGAACUGAGGACUCUGUCACCAAAACAAUGGGCCGACACAUGGCUAAUUCUCAAGCAACCCCCUUAGAUUUUGAACGGUUUUUUUCAGUAACUACCACUGACAAAGAGAGGAGCCCAGACACUGAGGGGGCUUUUCCAGCGACAUUGGAAAUUGUGGAAAGCGUUCCCGUCUCCUGUGCAGCUGAACGUGAGCCGAAGGAAGUGGUGAAUGGCACAGGCUCUCCUGGUAACGGCUUAUUUGAAACACAGGAACGUCAGCUACUGACUGAGGAGCAGCCCCUUGCUGGAGUGGAUGCUGUAGCCAGUGAGCUACAAGAUGGUUUGGAUAGAACUGCAGUAGAAAACGGGGCUCAGACACACAGCUCCACAGAACCUUUUCCAUCUCCAGUGGCAGAGGCUGAGGCUAAAAUUGCUGAAGGGCUGGCUGUUGAUUUUCAGGGCUCAGUAAUAGAGAGUGAUAUUUCAGAUGCAGGCCAUGAUCAUGCUGCUGAGACUCAGGAAGGGAAACAUACUCUGUCAGCCAGUCAAGAGGAGCUGCAUAAUGGUUUAUCCACGGAAAUGAAAAAUGGCAGUUUGUCCUCUGAAGGAACAGUGGACAGUCCAGUGCUUGGUUCCCGAUGUUUUAAGCCCUAUCUAAUUAAUCCCUGUUACAUCAAAACCACAACUAGGCAACUGAGUUCUCCUAACCAUUCACCUUCUCCCUCUCCAUCCCAGAGCCCCCUCUUCACAAGGAGGCAGGAGUCCUUCCACAAAAAGGAAAAAGUCUCAGUCAGGAAGAAGAGGUCUGCUAGUUUGGCAGGUUUGUUCAGUCGCUCUGCAGACUGGACAGAAGAGGUGUCCAAUCACAAAAGUGAGAUAACAGAGAAGGUGAGCUCUGCAGACUUUUUGGAGAACAAGGGGUUUAGAGAGAAAAUUCAAGCAGAAAGAGUGCCUUUGACUCAUUCAAGAAAGUCCUCAGGGGUCCAGGCUUCUACGGAGACAUUUCCCAAUGUCUUUUCAGGACGAACUCUGCUGGAAAAGCUCUUCAGCCAGCAGGAAAAUGCACCACAAGAAGAAGCAGAAAAGCUCUGUUCUCGCAUUAUUGCAAUGGGUCUUUUGCUUCCAUUCACUGACUGCUUCAGAGAGCCAUGUAACCAGAGUGCCAAGCAAAGCACACCCACGUUUGAUCAAGACCAGCUUUACACUUGGGCUGCAGUUAGCCAACCCACACAUUCAACAGAUUACAUUGAAGGAAGCUUUCCAAGGAGAAUUCCAUCUGCAUGGCCUCCACCCAAACCUCCAGAUGAAGAACAAAGGCUCAAAAUUUCAGGAGAAGAGUUGAAAUCUACGGUCCUAGAAACAGAGAAGCAAGAGGGUGGUGUUCAGCAGGCACAGAAAGAAGACUGUUCCACAGUACCUGGGUCCUGGGAUGCUUUUGAGGUGAAAUCUGAGGAGCGUGCCAGUGUCAUCCGACAACUUGAGCAAACUAUUGAGGAUCUGAGGACAAAAAUUGCAGAACUAGAGAAACAAUUUCCUGCUGCAGAGGUACAGACUGCUGGGAGGGAGCAGGAAAAUGAGCACGCACACGCAGACUCUGGGGAACUCAGCAGUGUGACUCUUCAAAGGAAUGAAGAGGAGACCGCACCCAGGACUGUGUCACAGGCGAGAUCUGUACAAACGUCACCCACAGAGGAUUAUUUAACACAUACAAUGCCUUCAGCCAGUGCACUGCCACAGCCACCCCCACCACCGCACUUAGAAGGGGGCAAAAGUGAAGGGCCUACUCAGAACUUGCCAGCUCUAGAACUACAGCCCACAUUUUGUUCUGAAAUCUCCUUAAUUCUGUCGCCGAAGUUAAUCUCAGUGCCAUUGGAUGCAAGCCAAUCAGUACAGAGUAUACCGCAGUCACCUCUUCCAGGACCCAAAGUUGAUUUGUCCCUUGCGUUUGAAGGAGCGACUGAAAUGACAGUUUCCCAUCAGCCUCUAAGUACUGUAGAUGUAACUUGUAGUGAACAUCCCCCUUCCUUGCCCCCAGAGCCCACAUGUAGCAUUCCCCCAUCACUGCCAGCGACUGAACGGGCUGCCCCCCUGUCUGGAGCACAUGGCCAUUCCUUUGUUACUCCCAUGUCUGCGGCAGGAUUACCACUGCCACCACCUCUACCUGGCUCAGGACUCCCUUCUUCUGCUGUCUCAGCAGUGACAGACCUGGACCACUCUUUCCCAGGUGCCACAAUGUCACCUCUCCCUCCUCCUCCACAAUUGCCAAGUGGAGAGAUACCAAUGCUGCCUCCAGCUCCUCUCCUUCCAUGCCCUGGAUUCCCUCCACCACCUCCACCACCACCUUUGCCUGGAGCAGGAGUCCCAUCUCCUCUGCCUGGUUGGGGUAUCCCACCUCCCCCUCCACCACCACCACCUUUACCUGGAGCUGGUGUCCCUCCUCCACCUCCUCCGCUGCCCGGCCUGGGAUUGCCACCCCCAGCACCACCGCUCCCUGGAGCAGGAUUGCCACCACCUCCCCCACCUCUGCCUGGAGGGGGCAUUCCACCUCCUCCUCCUCCUCCACCACCUCUGCCUGGUGCAGCUGUACCUCCUCCUCCACCUCUUCCAGGAUCAGCUGUACCACCUCCUCCACCUCCUCUGCCUGGUGUAGCUGUACCUCCUCCUCCACCUCUUCCAGGAUCAGCUGUACCACCUCCUCCACCACCUCUCCCUGGUGUAGCUGUACCUCCUCCUCCACCUCCUCUGCCUGGUAUAGCUGUGCCCCCUCCACCUCCUCUGCCUGGUGUAGCUGUGCCCCCUCCACCUCCUCUGCCUGGUGUAGCUGUGCCCCCUCCACCUCCUCUGCCUGGAGCUGGUGUCCCUCCACCACCCCCUCCUUUGCCUGGGUUGGGGAUGCCUCCUCCGGCCCCACCACCUUUGCCUGGAAGUGCACCACCCCUUCCAGCAGCAGUCCAGGGCAGCAGCUACCCAGCAGUCCCCCAGGGCUGUGGUUUUCUUCCUCCUCCAUUACCAUCUGGUUUAUUUGCAAUGGGGAUGAAUCAGGAGAAAGGGAGCAGGAAACAUGUAAUAGAGCCUUCUCGGCCAAUGAAGCCUCUUUACUGGACAAGAAUUCAGCUCCACAGUAAAAGAGAUUCUAGUGCUUCACUUGUGUGGGAAAAAAUUGAAGAGCCUUCCAUAGAUUAUCAUGAGUUUGAAGAACUGUUUUCUAAAACAGCUGUUAAAGAGAGGAAGAAACCCAUUUCGGACACCAUUACAAAAACAAAGACUAAACAAGUUGUCAAGUUGUUAAGUAACAAAAGAUCUCAAGCUGUUGGAAUAUUAAUGUCUAGCCUUCAUUUAGACAUGAAGGACAUUCAGCAUGCUGUUGUGAACUUGGACAACUCUGUGGUUGAUCUAGAGACGCUGCAAGCCCUCUAUGAGAAUAGAGCACAAUCAGAUGAACUUGAAAAAAUAGAAAAGCAUAGCAAGGCAUCCAAGGAAAAAGAAAAUGCCAAGUCUUUGGAUAAGCCAGAACAGUUCCUCUAUGAACUCUCACUGAUUCCCAACUUUUCAGAACGUGUGUUUUGCAUCCUGUUCCAAUCAACGUUUUCAGAAAGCAUUGGUUCAAUCCGUCGCAAACUUGAAUUGUUACAGAAACUGUGUGAGACAUUGAAGAAUGAAUCAGGAGUUAUGCGAGUUCUUGGUUUGGUUCUUGCCUUUGGGAAUUACAUGAAUGGUGGAAACAGGACACGAGGACAGGCUGAUGGGUUUGGACUAGAUAUUCUGCCAAAACUGAAAGAUGUCAAGAGCAGUGACAACAGCAGAAGUCUUCUAUCGUACAUUGUCUCAUAUUAUUUGCGUAAUUUUGAUGAGGAUGCUGGAAGGGAACAAUGCAUCUUUCCUCUUCCGGAUCCACAAGAUCUCUUCCAGGCUUCACAACUGAAGUUUGAUGAUUUUCAAAAAGAUCUCCGCAAAAUGAAGAAAGAUUUGCGAGCAUGUGAGACAGAAGCAGCAAAAGUUUAUCAGCUAUCACUAGAAGAGCACCUACAGCCCUUCAAAGACAACAUGGAGCAAUUCAUUAGUCAAGCCAAAAUAGACCAAGAAAAUGAAGAGAAGUCACUCACAGAAGCACAUAAAAGCUUUUUGGAAACUACAGCCUAUUUCUGUAUGAAACCAAAAAUGGGAGAGAAGGAGGUGUCCCCACAUUCUUUCUUCAGUAUUUGGCAUGAAUUCAGUUCUGACUUCAAAGACUUCUGGAAGAAGGAAAACAAACUUAUUCUUCAAGAAAGAGUCAAAGAAGCAGAGGAAGUGUGCAGGCAGAAAAAGGGGAAGUCGCUGUACAAUAUUAGACCAAAACAUGACUCUGGAAUCAAAGCAAAGAUAAGUAUGAAAAUCUGAGAGAAGAAAUUCAAAAGCCAUUGUUACCUGGUUACCAAAAUUCAACAUGCCUGUGGGUGGGGAGUGAGAGGGAAGGAAACUACAUCAUCCUGAUCAUUUGCUUCGUUGACCUUUUAAAAUUUGCGUUUUGUUCUCUAGUUUUCCACCAACUGAUGUGUUAUUGUGCAUUCAUUCACAAAUGUAAUCACUUUAUUGGAGUGCCCAGAAAUAGACUAGGUAUGGACUUGAAACACCUUCCCUGUACUCUGUAUCUCCUUUGCCACUCAAAAAUGGUAUUUUGUAAAGUGUAUGGUAUAUUACAAAUAGGACAAGUCAGCAUGCAUAAAAAGUGGUAUCUGCAUCAGUUCUGAACAUGCUGAAAAUUGCAUUAAGUUGAACUUCAUAAGAAUGCUACUUGGUACAGUAAAACAUUUCCAUUCCUACUGGCAACAUCUGACAAAUACUUCAUGGCACUGCACUUAGUUUAGGGAAAGAAAUGUUACUCCUAGUGAAUUGUUUGUAUCCGUUUCAUGUUGGCAUUUGUAGUUUGUAUUUUGAAUUGUUAAGUGCUGUUUAUACAGUAUAAUCAAUGCUUUCCCAACUUGUUUGGUUGCCCUCCAUGACUAAAUAUUUGUGGAACAAGAUGUUUACUGUAACUAUGUUUAAAAUCGAUAAGGCAGCAUACUUUUACUUCAUCUUCUGCCAGAUAGUGAAUGCCAGGUGGUAUGGGGGUCAGAAAUCCAGCACUAAAAAAGCAAAAAAAAAAGCAAAAAAAAAAAGCAGAAAAAUACAGAAAAGCACAGAAGUAUGAUAGAGAGUAUGAGAGAUUUGGCUAUUAUAGUUUGUUAAUAUAUAAAGCAGCUAAUACUUUUACAUGAACUUUAGAAGGUAUAGUAUAGUUUUAACUGCUGAUCACUUAAGUCAGGCUUUUGGCCACAUGUACAUGACUUCCCUUCUGGAAUUAGCUUUACAGUUAAUUUAAAACUCCUUUAGAGAGCUAUUAAAAGAUGCACAUGGAGACAACAUUUAUGGAAAACAGUAGCCAAUUCUAGUGACAGAACAUAGACUACCAACUAAUUGACGUCAAUUUCACACUUAACAGAAUUAUAGACAUUUCCUCCAGGCUUUCGGUGUCCCUGAAUAAGAGGUUAAUGAUUGAAAUAUAUUACUUAGGGCUUCCAUUUUAGACCACAUGCUUACUUCCUUUUUGCAAUCCAGAAUUUACCGUAUCAGUUUUGGACUAAUCAACUGAUAACAACCCCUUCCUCCAGUCCUUAUUUAUUAGCCCUAAACCAAUCAGCUUGAUUGACAACGUUUUUCUUUCUAAGCUAAUUUUUCCUGAAAGCAGACCGUGUGUGCAGCUCAGUUGGAUGCACGUUGCUCACAGCUUUGGAGCCUAAAAGACACCAGGGUAAAGCAAAUGAGCUCUAACCUGCUGGGUUGCAUCAUUCCCUGUCUAAUCUAGCACAUCAAGAGACAUUCCGAGCUGUUCAGAGGCUAAUAUACUCUACAGGGUGUCAUAAAAGGAAGUGCAAAAUAUGACCUCAGGAAUCUGUUAUUCUUCACAUAUACCAAGCACUAGAAAAGAUGGUUUUUUUCACUGUGUGAAAAGCAAGUCUCCUGUUGCUGAUAAACCUAUGUGAAAAUCUGUACUAGCAGUAAUUUCUGGCAGGGAUAUAAAUUACCAAGAAUGGAAUUCUAAAAUUUUGUGUUGACGGGAGUAACAUUACUAUUUGGGGAAGAGAAAACAAGAGAUUAUUUGCUGUUACGACUAACUUAUGGAAAAAAAACUUUAAAGAGUAAAGCUAUUUUAAUGGCACUGAUUCAAAUCCAUGUUUGUAUUUAUGUAAACAAUAGUCUUUUCCUCCUAACUUUGCUCCUAAGUGCAAGGAUGCAGUAGCAUGUUUUCAUUUGUAGCCUUCCUGUUCUCUUCAGUACCUACAGUAUGUAUAUUACUAUACUAAAUGAAAUAAUAGAUCAUCUAACAAAGAUCACUAUGUGCAAUACUGUAUUUAGUGUUUCUAUUCCAAUUUUUUUAGAAUGUUAAUUUAUAAGAAAAUAAAAGGAAUAAUAAUGAAAUAA